AAAAUUUCACUCGUGGGAGUCGUAAAAGACGACAUGGACUUGCGAGCUGCUCAUAGACGCAAUUUCUUGGGAAGAGUUCCGCCGGUAAUAGGACAAGAAAAGCCAGAAGAAGCCAUGGGAAGUGGACAGGUGGAGAUGGUGUUUGUGGCCACGCCGGGGAUCGGCAACCACGUCCCCGCCGUCGAAUUCGCGCAGCUCCUGGCCAACCACCACCCUCGGUUCCGCUCCACCAUCCUCGUCAUCACCGACCCCCACCGGGCCAUCGCCAGCACCUACGUCCGCUCACGCGCCGCCGCCGCCGCCUCCUCCUGCGCCGCCGCGGGCAACCUCCGCUUCGUCCACCUCCCCCUGUCCGACCCGCCUCAUCCGAGCGAGUACCAGUCCCCCUUGGCUUACCUCUGUCUGCACAUCGCCAGCCACGCGCGUCUCGUCAAGCAAGCCUUGGUCGACCUCAGGUCAACGGGGGCCCAGGUCGCCGCUCUGUUCUUGGACAUGUUCACCACGCCCAUGGCCGACGUGGCUCGGGAGCUGGGCAUCCCUCACUACCUCUUCUUCCCCUCGCCGGCGAGCUUUCUCGGGUUCAUGCUCUAUCUGUUGGACCCUGAAGCUAGGAAGGCUGUCGAGUCCGAGGACAUGGGCACUGAGUUGGCCGUUCCGAGUUUCGUCAACUCAGUCCCGAAGCGAGUCUUGCCCUCUUCGGUUCUCAAGUGGAAGGAUGCGCUUGCCUGGUAUGUAGCCCAUGCGGAAAGGUAUGGCGGGACCGAGGGGAUGGUCGUGAAUACUUUCGAGGAGCUCGAAGGGCACGCGCUGGAGUCGCUCAGGGCGAGCGUGUCGCCGCCGGUCUAUUCGGUCGGACCGGUUAUAGACCUCGCUGGACCGGUCGAGUGGCACCCGCAGAGGGCCCAGCAAGAAGCCGUCCUGCGGUGGCUCGAUAAGCAGCCGCCUUCGUCGGUGGUGCUCCUCUGCUUCGGGAGCAUGGGGAGCCUGGGCGCGCCUCAGGUGAGAGAGAUAGCGAAUGGGCUGGAGCGGUCCGGGUUCCGGUUCUUAUGGUCGCUACGGGAGCCACCGAGGGGUAAAUUGGACCUGCCGAGUGACUAUGCGAACAUCGAUCAAGCAUUGCCGGAAGGGUUCCCGGACCGGACGGCUGAGAUCGGCUUGGUUUGCGGGUGGGUUCCGCAAGUAACCAUCCUGGCCCAUGAAGCUAUAGGUGGGUUCGUGUCGCACUGUGGGUGGAACUCCAUAUUAGAGAGCUUGUGGUACGGCGUACCGACGGCCACGUGGCCCAUCUAUUCGGAGCAGCAGAUGAACGCGUUCCAGAUGGUGGCGGAGCUGGGAUUGGCGGUGGAGAUCAGGUUGGAUUACAGGGAGGGGAGCGCAUUGGUAUCGGCCGAGGAGCUGGAGAGAGGGAUGAGGUGUUUGAUGGACGGCAGCGGCGAGGUGAGGAGCAAGGUGAAGGAGAUGAGGAAUAAGAGCCGGACGGCUGUGAUGGAACACGGGUCAUCACACGCCUCGAUGCGGCGUUUGGUUCAGCAACUGGUGGUUGGAUUGGACUCGGAUGAUCAACAAACGAAGUUACCAAUCAUCGGAUGAAUCUCUGCCCGUUACCGACUAUUCAAAACACAUGUACGAUGCUUGUUAUUAUUAUCACUUUUCGCCGGUGCUGGUGAUAAUAUCACCAGCGUACUGAUGUUGCCACAAGAGCGAUGAUUAAUAAAACAACUCAGGAUAUGCAAAUAUCAAACCUACUGUUAUAGAAACAUUGCUGUUCUUGAAAUGCUGGGGCAAAACACUUCCCCCAUGAGACGAAGAACAAAUCGAAUCGAAUGCCGAAUGCAAGGCUUAUAUUGUCAACGGGGUU